AUGCCUCCAAUCCUCCUGCUAAAAACGAAAUCCACCCCUCACGAUGGCUACCAAGACCUCCUAUCACAAAACUACGAUCCAACCUUUGUCCCCGUCCUCGAACACCGCUUCCACACCGAGAACUUGAAUAAAGUACGGGACUUGUUCGUUUCCGGUGCUUUUGGGAAUCCCUCCCCCAAUGGCGAACCCAAUGGCAACGGAUAUGGCUAUGGCAAUGAAAACAAGACCCGAAAAUACGGCGGUCUCAUCUUUACCAGCCAGCGCGCCGUAGAAGGAUUCGCGAAGAUGAUUGAAGAUGAGAAAGAUGUACCACUCAACAUUGCGACCCAAUCCACAAAUGAACCCCCACUCCUCCUCUACACAGUCGGACCAGCAACAGCCCGGAGCCUAACAACCCUCCGAAACAAACACCUACCGCACGCAACGAUCUACGGCGCAGACGCCGGGACAGGCGAGGUUCUCGCACAUAUGAUUCUGGAGCAUUAUAAUGGAUUAUACCCUUCCACAUCUACCUCGGGUACCAAGCCAGCACUGCUCUUCCUCGUCGGUGAAGUUCGACGUGAUAUUAUUCCGAAAACACUGAUGAAUCCUGACCUUGGGAUGGGUCAAAUUGGGGUUGAGGAAUUGGUCGUGUAUGAAACGGGUGUGAUGGAUUCUUUUGAGGGUAAUUUGGGGGAGUGUUUACGGCGGAUUCGGGAUCAAGAUUCGGAUGUUGGGGUGGAGGUUGUGAAGAGGGAGGCUGUGGUUUGGGUGGUUGUGUUUUCGCCGACGGGGUGUGAGGCUAUGUUGCGGGUUCUGGGCUUGGGGCCCUUUUCUUCUUCUGAAUCUAUCUCUGGGUCUUCAUCUGGGGUUGGUGUAGAGAGCAAGACUGGACGACGGGUCUUUGUUGCUACGAUUGGACCUACGACGCGGGAUCAUCUACGACAGGCAUUCGGGUUCGAGGCGCAUGUUUGUGCGCCGAAGCCUAGUCCCGAGGGUGUUGCCGAGGGGAUUGAGAGGUUUAUGAGUGAACUGUGA